GUAUUAUUGAUCAAUAAGAGCGAGACGGAGCGAGAGCUCGAGCUGCUGCCGCUGGCUGGCUCUACUGCUGCUCUACUACUACCACCACUAUACUCCGCGGGCGUAAGUGUGAGCCCCGCGUGCAGCUGUCAUAUUCCCGUGCAGGCGAUUUCACGCGCUCGCGUAAACCCGAGUCGUCGUCGCCGUCGCCGUCCUUGCACGCCUGCCACUCCGGGUCGCUCUCGGACAGAACUGUACACGCGCGGUCAGUCGAUCGUCAUCUUCUUCUCGAGUGAAGGGAUAAAAGAGCAGUGAGUAUACGCGGGGUGAGAAGAAGCGCACACAGGGUGUGUGUGUAUGUGCGUGAGAGAGAGAUAGAGAGAGAGACAGAGAGAGGGUCGUGUGCUCGUAAGGGUGCGCUUUCGACGAUCAUGCGACGGCGGGUGGCCAGUUUCGGAGAAUAGCGAAAAACUAAAUAGAAGAGCCGCCGCAGCCCGCGACGAGUGUGUCGUGCAUUGAGCUGCCAGUGCCGUCGUUUUAGCGAACACGUCACCGAGGCGCCCGCGAUUCGUGCACGCGUUCUCCGUCGCGGUUAUUGCGCGGGCGUGGUGUGCGUAAAGAGAGAGAGAGAGAGAGAGAGAGAGAGAGCCUGCAGCAGCUACUCGCUGGCCACCGCGGGACUCGUUCCACCACCUCGGGAGCCCUAAGCCGGACAAGUGGAGUUCCUCAUGCAGACGCUACGCAAGAAGAACAGCCCAUGCAAGUUAAAAAACGAACCCACCCGCUUUAUGGGGGAAGGAGUGUCCUUCAAAGCGAAGCUCAUCGGUAUUUUAGAGGUGUCAGAGGCUCGCGGCGAUCGGAUGUGUCAAGCCGCACUAGCCGAUUUAAAAAUGGCUAUCCGAGCCGCUGGAGAACACAAACAACGAAUCACUGUCCAGAUCAGUAUCGAUGGGCUUCGGUUGAGAGACGAAAAAACAGGUGAUUGUUUAUACCAUCAUCCGGUGCACAAGAUAUCAUUCAUAGCACAAGACAUGAGCGACUCUCGAGCAUUUGGUUAUAUAUUUGGUUCCCCUGAUACUGGGCAUCGAUUUUUCGGAAUUAAGACUGAUAAAGCAGCUAGUCAGGUGGUCAUUGCCAUGCGCGAUCUUUUUCAAGUCGUGUUUGAAUUGAAGAAGAAAGAAAUCGAAUUAGCAAAGCAGCACAUUGAGCACAGCGUAAUUAAAUGCGGUACUUUUGCACUCGAGCGGACGCACGACACAAAGGGUGCUGCGGGAAGUGAAUCGUCACUUCAUCGAACGGGUUCCGACAGCGAUAGAAGUAGAAAACACGAAGCGCAAAGUGGAGUAGUAGCAGAUUUAUUAGACUUGCAAUUUGAAUUGAACUCGCUGCAACAAGGAAUUCAUCAGAUGGAUAAAAUAACUCCUGAUAAUCCAAGACCUGUAGAAGAUCCUUUUGAAUCGGAUCCUUUCGGAGACUCAUUCGCAAAUAUGAAGAUAAAGGAGCAAAUACAACCAAUUUUACCUCCUCCUCCGUCAGCUUCUAAACGAGGGCACUUCGAACGGCAACAAACAGUACAACAGACACCGACCUCCGGUACAUCUAGUCCAGCCAAUAUAGUCAAUAGUAAAACGCCACCACAUCAAGGCUCGGUACAUUGGUUUGACAAGGAAACAGAAGAUUUGUUUAAUGAAGGCGAAUUAUCAAAUCUGACUAGGAAAAAUUCUUCAAGCGACGAAGAUAAAGAACCGCAUUCGGCACCCGUAUCGCAAGAUCAUUAUAAACAAAUAGACAUUUUCUCAGAAUUAGAUCCCCUUGGGACAGGAAUUAAAAAACCUUAUGUGGAUAAAAAAGAUUUUUUCCAGCAUUUGAAAAAUCCACCGAAAAAAGUACUGAAAGACUUAGCAUUGACGAAUUCGGAAGAUACAUUUCCUACGAAUUUCAAUAUAACUUCUGACUCAGGAGAGUUGAAUAACAGCCAAACAUCUGAAAAUGAGUCUAAUCAAUUUGAUGAUGGAGAAUUUGCUGAUUUUGAUAAAUUUAAAGAAAAGGAUAUUUCAACGCCGACAGAACAUAUUUCUCCCAAGCCGCAAUACAAAGAGUCUAACAAAAGAUCGAUUCAACAUCAAUCUUUAUCAGUUUCUUUGCCACCAGAAGACACUUCAACGCCCAAAACUUCAUCCUACGGUUACUCGAUGUCUAAUUCUGUAACGUCUAGCAGAUAUGAUAAUAAGGAUUCAUCAGAGAGCAUACAGUCCUUAGUAAAAUUACCGAGCCCUAAAAAAUAUUUGAAUUCAAGAAGCAAAACUGAAUAUUCAGAUUACGGUGGGAACAAAUCACAAUCGAUUGAUAGAUCGUUUCCUGUUGAUUUUUCAUCGACCAGUGAGUCGCCAGCUUCACCACUGCGAUCUUGUUCAUCUGGGGCUAAUUCAAGGUUAUCGAGUUCAAGUGCCGAAAUGGAAAAUGUACCAGAACCACCACCGCGAGGAGCUGGUAGUAUAUUAAUAAAUCCUCCACCUUUGCCUCCUAAAAAACAUAGUUCUAGAAGUGGGAUUAAACCACCGCCAAGACCACCUCACGGCGAUGGACAUUUCCAUUACGAUUUCUUGGAAAGAGAAGAAGGAUCACCUUCCCCAACGCGCAAAACGAGAGGUAUGGGUUCGCCUAAGAGUACAAGAGGUAGAUUUGAUGACAAUUUUAAUGCCCCCUUACCUGAUUUACCUAAAGGAUUUUCCAAUUCAAAAUUCGAAGAUUCUUUUAAUACAAUGAUACAAUCGCCUAAAUCUGUAAUCGAUAAUCCAAUCACAAAUAAACCAGAAAUCAACUGGGCAAAUCUCACAAAAGACAUAACUUUGAGUCAACUGACCUCAACUUUUCUAACAGAUUUAGCCGAUAACCUAGGAAUGUCGGUGGCAGAAGUAACAAGUCUAACUUUACAACAAUUAACGGAAUGCAUAGAGUCGCUAGCAAAGAAAGAUACUUCAGCAGAGAAGAAAUCAAAGACUCCGGAAAAUGCAUCCAGCGUCGCAAAGGAUAUGGAAAAUAGCUCAACGACUAAAACAGAAAAGUCUACAUUUGCAGAAACAUCGUUUGAUGCUAACGAACCACUUUUCAAAGCUACGUUUGAUCAAGAGCCGAAAGUAGAAAAGAACAGUAAUUAUGAUAAAUAUGCCGUGUUUAGGGAAUUAUUAGAAAUGGAACAGGUUAAUAACGAAUUUCAAACACAGAAGUCCAGCGAAGAAGAAGAAGCCAUUGCAUCCGAAAAUCAGGAUGAACCAGGUGAUAUUGAAGAUGAUGCUCAAAGUGAUGAAAUUGAUGAAACGAUCGCUUCUCUUGCCAAUUUAACAGUGAAACUUCCGCCUGUUUCCGAAAGUCAAACAAAAGAGGUUGCUUCAUACUAUGAAAUGAAAUCAAAUGAUGAACCUAUUGAAUCUCCAAAAGAAAGUGACAACAUCAGAUUAGGGGAGACUGAGUCCGAAAAACGCUAUUACUCUAAAGAUAACGUAAAUGAAACUGAUUCGUCAAUGUCUGAUCUUACAAAAAUUCAAAGUGAUAAAGAGGAAAAAAUAGAUAACGAUGAAAUCAUCGAAGAUACUAAAAACUAUGAAGAUUUCAAAGAUUCAGAUAAUUUUGUAAUAACAGCAGAAGAAGUAAACGAACUAUCCAAGAUUGUCGACAAGAAAACGGAAAUAAAACCGUCAGUUUCUACAUCCAGCGAUAAGUAUGCAGCGCUGCGUGAAAUAAUUGAGAAAACAGAACAAACAUCUAUAAAAACUGAUAACUUUGUCACUUCUCCAAAUAAAAGUUCGGUAAGAUCAUCGACUGAAGUAGAUCUGCAAGGGUUAUUUUCUGAUAAUUUUAGUCCACAAUCGAUUUCUGUGACUGCAAAAAUUACAACGAACAAAGAAGAAGACGUGAAGACCACUGUAAUGGAUAUUUUCGAAGAAAUAAAAAUGCUGAAUACCGAUACGCACCGUUCGAAGGAAACGAAGCCAUUGCCGCUAUCUUCCAAUUUAGAAUCAGUGUUUUCUGCAUUCACGGAUAUCAAACCGGAAAAGGAGAGUUCAAAAGAUGAUGAAAAUUGGGCUAAAUUUGAAUCGACCGUCUUUCAAUCCGACAAAUCUGCGGCUGAAGGUCAAGGAUCUAUGGGAGGUACCUCCCCUUGGUCUCCAGAGGGCAUAGAAUUUAAUCGUGAACCACCGAUAAAACGAAACGUGCAUCGGCACUCUGGAGAGAGCGAUAAUGAAUGGAAAGACGACGAAGAAAGCGAAGAAAGCAACGGACGAUCGAAAGGUGAAGGUUCAUGUUGUGUCAGGCAUCCACGAUACGAUCUGCCACCCUUUGAAGAAAGGCCUUUUUACGACGAAACUGCAGAAGGGGAUAAGGAUCGCGUGUUCCGUGAGAAAAUGGUUCGAAAAACAAGAGGUGCACCAUGGGUCAAAAGUGCUCCUCGAACGCGCGAGCCUAUGCCAUGGCACGAUGACGCUAGGUGGGAAGAAGAGCGCCGGCGACAUUUGCAUCGAAAAGUUCCAUACAAAGACGAGGAAGAAUAUAAGACAUAUUGGAAGUGUCGACCGAAACAAAGACCAUGGAAUGGGGAAAGAGAAGGUUUUUGGGGACCCGACCACCCAUUCUAUGAAGAAGAGUGCAAAAGAAGGAUGACUUUAUGGACUGAAGAAGAACGCGACAGUAGAGAAAGGUUUAGUAGCCAGGAAAGCAUGGGAUAUGAAGAGGAUGAAAGAUGGUUUAGAAGGGAAUAUGAAAGAAGGCGAUAUGAAGAAGAUGGCAUGUUUUGGAGGGGUCGUGGUCCUGAAGGAGAAUACCCACCCAGAGAGGCCUACAAAAAACACGAUCCGCAUUAUUUCCGUGAAGGUAGAGAUCGACACUAUGAUUAUCCUCCAAGCUGGGAAGAAGAGUACGGUCCCAAACGUGCGGAAGAUUCUCCUAGAUAUCUUACUAGAAAGAAACACUGGCCAAAACGGCCAAAUAGUGCAAACGAUGGAAGGGAAAUGAUGUAUGUAGAUAUCAGACCAAAGUGCGCUGUGUCGAGAUCUGAAUGUAGCGACAAUGAUUCUGAUCCAUAUCAUCGACCAUAUAGAUCAAGAAGCCGGGAAAGUUAUUGGGGUAGUGAUCAAGAGUUUGAAAGUUGGGGAGAGAGGCCAUAUUGGUCCGAAGGACCCGACGCUAAAAACGAAAGCCUGCAUCGGAAACGAAUGAACAGGCACAGAUCGAGACCUCAACCAAAAUCUCAAAGCUCGCCAUUCGAAGAUGAUUUCACUCAAAGCGUAGAUCGUAGCGAAGCGCCAAUCGACCCCGUAAACGCAGAAACUCGCAUUCGUCCAGAAGUUGAAAUGAAGCAACCGACUAGUCCCAGAAGUCCUAGAGGCACAAAAGAACAACAGGCACGUAGGGAACCGAAAUCAUACAAAGCUUCUAGCUACUUUGAUGACGAUCUCACACCUACGGCAAGUGCUUCAAGCGACGCCUCAGAUAGACAAAGAAUAGGUUCCGAUUUAAAAGUAACACCCGAAGAAUUGCCUUGCGACGUAAAAGAUCCGGUUGUUGAUGGAUUCGCAUCAGAAGAUAGCGGAAGAGAUUCGUUCUUUAAUGGUGAUCCAAGAUUUGAUGAUGAUGCAUUUGCUUUUCGUUCUGAGUUGGAAGACCAAGUACCCGAGCAUGCAACUAACUUACCGAUGAAAAAUUCUAGGCAUUUAAAGUACACCAAUAGUAGGGGUAAAGGAGACCAGUAUAUCAAAAAGUCUGAAUCUAUAAAUAUAUUCAGUCGCGAAAAUGAUCCGUUUGAUGAUGACGAAUUUUUCAAUUGAUCAAAAAAGCCAACUGAUUUCUUUCGUGCUACGUCAAAACCUCGAAAAGGGAUCAGUGCAUCUUCAUCACAUUCACCUUUGCAUCAUUUAUACAAGAUGCAGCGCUUUUACCCUUUUGGAUAUAAGUAAAGUGCGUAUUUCAUUUUGCGACUGCAUGGAAGAAUAAUAUUUUUAUACCGCGUGAAAGCGAUUGUUCUCCCGCUUUUCUUUCACGAUACACAGAGAUUUUUUAGGAACCAGCAGUUUAAUUGAUUCUGCGAUUGGUAAACAAUUAUAAUUUUAUUAUUGGCAUUUAUACAUGAGCAAUAUAGUGUAUGAAUGUAUUUAGUUUAGAAUGGAACAAUAUGUGCAAUUUAGGAAAAUUAAAAAAAAAAUUCGUUGAAAAUGUAAAUGAUAAAAAUAUUGUUUAACGUGUUUUUCAACUCUCGGGAAUUUUAUGUAUGAUAUUGAUUGUUAGUUAAAUGUUCAACCAGCAGAGUUUUUAAGAGUGCGGUUAAACUUGGAUGAGAAUUUUACCAGAGGAUGAUCGCAUGCCAUAGGAUACAUAAGUUUUGUAGAGAUAAAGUUGUUUUGAUCCUGCAGUCGAUCUACGAAAUGUCAUAAAAUGUAUCGACUAAGGAGAUAGGGGCAAGCUAUAAGUUUUCGGAAUGAAGUAAUAAAAUAUGAACUGACUAUAAAAGAGUGACUCUCUAAAAUGUAUAUAGGUAAUAUUUGUAAACCUAAUACCUUUGUUAUUAAUAUAACACUAUCUCUAAUCAAA